UCCAGCCACAGGCGAACGGCAACCGCGUUGCCCUCCCGGCACUGAGUGAAAAUGUCGUCCAUAGCAGCGUCCCGGCGCCGAGUCCCCUAAGUUGGGGAAGCCUGGGGACUGUGAGUGGAUUCGGGGAACGGGGGGACUGCGAAGGUUGGUUCCUGGAGACGCUUUCUGCACGUGGAGAGGCGCGGGGAUCCCGCGACCUCGCCCGCCUCUGUACCCCCAUGUUUGAAGAGGUGGAGUGGGCUGAGGAGGCCCCAUUAGCCGCGAGCCUCCGACCUGUAGCCUCACAAUCUCGGACCGAGGCAGCCUCGCAAGUCAAGGGCUCCAAGCGCCGCCAACUCUUAGCCACAUUACGGGCCCUGGAGGCAGCAUCUCUUCCCCAGCAACCCCCCAGCCUGCCUGGCAGUGACUCUGAGGAGGAGGUGGUGGAAAAGAAGAAGAAACACUCAAAAAAGGCCUUGUUUGCCAGUGCUUCUACUGAAGUAGAAGAGAAAGGGAAAAAGCAUCAAAAACGGGGCCCACCUGGCCAUAACUCUGAGGAAAAGAAAGUAGAAAAGAAGUGCCGCAAAGGGGCCCUUCUUAGCAGUGACUCUGCUCUAGAAGAGAAAAGAAAGAGGAAAUACCAGAAUCGGGCCUCUUCAAACCCUCCCCAGCCCCAGGAUAGUGUUGACCAGACAGAUCCCAAAGCUUGGAAGAGUAGGGCUACAGAUGACCCACCCAAGCCAAGCCCUGGGACCACUUCCCCGCAACCUCUCCAUACCUUGAGUCGCAAGCAGUGGCGGAACCGGCAGAAGAACAAGCGUAGACACAAGAACAAGUUUCGGCCACCUCAGCUGCCAGACCAGGCUCCCGCCACAGCCCCAAAAGAGGAGACAGAGGUGCUUCCUACCCUGAGUCCAGACAGCCAUGAGGCUCGGGGGGAGGCUCUGCGAGCCCGCAUGGCACAGCGGUUGGAUAGUGCUCGAUUUCGCUACCUCAAUGAACAGCUGUACUCAGGGCCCAGCAGUGCCGCACAACGCCUCUUCCAGGAAGACCCUGAGGCCUUUCUUCUUUACCACCGAGGCUUCCAGAGCCAGGUCAAGAAGUGGCCACUGCAACCUGUGGACCGCAUUGCCAAGGAUCUUCGCCAGCGGCCUGCAUCCCUCGUGGUAGCUGACUUUGGCUGUGGGGACUGCCGUCUGGCUUCAAGUAUCCGAAACCCUGUACACUGCUUUGACUUGGCCUCCCUGGACCCCAGGGUCACUGUGUGUGACAUGGCCCAGGUGCCUCUGGAGGAUGAGUCUGUGGAUGUGGCCGUGUUCUGCCUUUCACUGAUGGGAACCAAUAUCAGGGACUUUCUAGAGGAGGCGAAUCGAGUGCUGAAGCCAGGGGGUCUCUUGAAAGUGGCCGAGGUUAGCAGCCGCUUUGAAGAUGUUCGGACCUUUCUAGGAGCUGUGACCAAACUAGGCUUUAAGGUCAUCUCCAAGGACCUGACCAACAGCCACUUCUUCUUGUUUGAUUUUGAAAAGACUGGGCCCCCUCGAGUAGGGCCCAAGGCUCAACUUUCAGGCCUGAAGCUUCAGCCAUGUCUCUAUAAGCGCAGGUGACCUCUGGACCCCCCUUGAAAGGGGAGGCAAGUCUCGAACUCCAGACUCAGAACUCUGAAGACUGUAUCCAGCCAGGCUGUGACCCAGGACCUGGUACUACCUUUCCUUUGUCCCAAGAACAAAGUGUGAUGAAACCCUUGGCUCAGCCCUGCUCUAAUGGAGGCUUCUUGAUUGCAAGAAGCAUAAAAUCACUAGGGACUAACUAAAGGGGUGUAUUGUAAGAACACAGGGAUAUCUGGGAACUAUGCAUCCCCUAGGAAUCAUGGAAACUAGAUGGUUUGGAAUUCAAGGCA